AUGGAGGGAGCUCUUUGUCCCUUUGUGCUGUGCCUCAUCCUGCAUUUCCAAGCUCAGGAGCGACUGCCACAGCCCACAAUUCACUGCAAUGCCCAGAGCUGUGCGAAUGGACCCUGUAACAUCACCCUGAGCUGCACCAUCCCCAAAGGAGGCAACAACGUGAUCUACAGCUGGAGUACCCCACAGCCCCCCAGUAUGACCGCUCAAGGAUCCAUCAUGGUCAUCCCUCACCCAGAUCUUCUGAUAAACGUCACGUGCACGGUGCAGAACCCCGCCAGCAGCAGCUCCACGACGACCUCUGUCAAGGCCCUUUGUGCAGCAAACACGCCUGCCCAGGCCUCAUCCCUGUCCUACUGCCAGGCCAAGGGGCUCAUCCUGCUGUUGGUGCUGGUGGUGCUGAUCACCGGGACCGUGGUGGUGCACAUCAUGGCUGGCAAGCCGCCGAAACAGGACUGAGCAGGGCCCAGCCCACACCAGCUCUGCUCUGCUCUGGGGGGGAAGGAUAGAAAAGCUGCAGCACGGAGGAGAAGCAGCUGGUGGGCUGCGGGGGUCUGACUGAGUGUCAGAGACCAGUUCCCAAAGCAGCAUGGGUGCCCUGGAAGAGAAGUGCAACCACAUCGCUGCAUUCUCCCGUGCCAAGCGGGGACAACAGACCAUGGCCCCCAGUCUGCAGGGCAGUAAUUGCCUGGGCUCGGGUCAGCAGACACAGGCAAGACAUAACACCGCUGUCCCGGGGGCAGCCGCACCCUUGAAACAAACUUGCCCUCCUCUGCACUGUCUGUCUCUGAACCCUCAGGGUCAAUCCUCCCCCAGCUACUCCCCAAGAGCCCCCUGAGGUUGCACCGUGGCCCCCAGGGCUUGUUCAGCCAUCAGCACUGUGGGUGCCAAGGUCCCUGGGAGGCAGGCUCUCCACUGG